AGUCAGUGAAUACAACACAAAACAAGGAAGUUAUCUCAAAUAUAGGACUUUAUGCAUUCUAAUGAUUUGACAAUGAGACAACAGUAAAGCAAAUCUAAAGUUAUAUCAGUUAUAUAGUCAAAUUGAGUAAACUUUCUUAAAUUUUCCUCCUUGUCUACGUAAGUCCUAUGCUGAAGGACACGAAGCCAAAGUCCCUUGAAGUUGGUGCUCAUAUGACUACAGCCCAGCAAUGCAAGUGUCCGCUCUAAUUCUAACUUUCUUUAGUAUUGAAAUAUGUUGUGCUUUGAGAGAGAAGUCGACCAAUUUUUCAUCUCCAAACAUUAUCAUCGUGCUUAUGGAUGACAUGGGCUGGGGGGACUUGGGGGUGUUUGGCCAGCCCUCUAGAGAGACCCCCAAUCUGGAUGCGAUGGCAGCCCAGGGCAUGUUAUUUCCAAACUUCUACACUGCCAACCCACUUUGUUCCCCAUCUAGAGCUGCACUUCUCACUGGGAGACUGCCUGUCAGAAAUGGUUUCUACACCACUAAUGGCCACGCCAGAAAUGCGUAUACCCCCCAGGAGAUAGUAGGAGGAAUAUCCAAGGAUGAGAUUUUGCUGCCUGAAAUGCUGAAGAAAAAAGGUUAUGUGAGCAAGAUAGUUGGCAAAUGGCAUUUGGGCCACAGACCUCAGUACCUUCCUCUGGAACGUGGCUUUGAUGAAUGGUUUGGUGCCCCAAACUGCCACUUUGGCCCUUAUAACAACAGCAUCAGACCCAACAUCCCUGUCUACAACAACUCAGAAAUGCUUGGGAGAUACUACGAGGAGUUUAAGAUUAACAGAAGUACUGGAGAGUCAAACCUCACACAGCUCUACUUGAUGGAAGGUCUUGACUUCAUACUGCGUCAGACAAAAGCCCGGAAGCCCUUCUUUCUCUACUGGGCAGCCGAUGCUACUCAUGCUCCUGUCUAUGCCUCCAAACGUUUCUUAGGGAAGAGUCAACGAGGCCGUUAUGGAGAUGCAGUGAUGGAGCUGGACUACAGCGUUGGUCGGAUCUUGUCAUGGCUGCAGAGUCUGGGCAUUGAAAACAACACUUUUGUUUUCUUUACCUCAGACAAUGGAGCAGCUCUAACAUCUGGUCCAAAUGAAGCUGGCAGCAAUGGGCCUUUCCUCUGUGGGAAGGAGACCACCUUUGAGGGGGGCAUGAGGGAGCCUGCCAUUGCUUGGUGGCCUGGACACAUCAGAGAGGGCACAGUGAGUUUCCAGCCUGCCACUGUCAUGGAUCUGUUCACCACCAGUUUGGCCCUGGCUGGGAUCAGCCUUCCUGAUAACAGAACCCUAGAUGGACUGGACCUAACUCCAGUCUUGUUCAGCCGCUCACACACACUCCAAAACAGACCGAUAUUCUAUUACCGUGGGAAUGAGCUGAUGGCUGUGAGGUUGGGACAGUACAAGGCACACUACUGGACCUGGAGCAACUCAUGGGAGGAGCUAAAAAAUGGUAUAAACUUCUGUCCUGGUCAAGAAGUUCCCGGUGUGACUACUCAUGAUCAGAGAGAGCACACUCAACAGCCAAUCAUUUUCCACCUGGGGCGGGACCCAGGAGAAAAGUUCCCACUCAGGGUUUUGAGUAGGGAGUACCAGGAUGCUCUGAUCAGGUUCUCUGCAGUCGUGCAGCAUCAUAAAGAUACUUUGGUACCUGGCAUGCCGCAGCUCAACAUGUGUGACAUGGCGGUGAUGAACUGGGCCCCUGCUGGCUGCGAGAAAUUGGGAAAAUGUCUGAAAGGGCCGAAGUCUAAUCCCUGGAAAUGUGACUGGCCACACUAAGAGCAGAAAUACACAAGUCAAGAAGAGGGCAGAAAAACCUGAAAAUGUGCCUUACUAUAAAACAACAACCCAUUUUUAAAAAAAAUCUUUUUAUUCGUUUGUAUACAAUAUUAAGGAUCAAACUAAGGGAACUGGACUGGUAUGACAUCAUAACAGUUUUGUAGACAUAGUGAUACAUGUACAUCCUUAAAAUCAAUACAAAUUUGACCUUCUAUUAUGUAUUUAUUCUCACUGUACUGUGAAAAAAUAUAAAAAGUUACAUUAUGUAGCUUUGGUUCUGCAAAAUAUAUGUUUCAUAUCAAAUUGAGUUUUAUUAUGUUUUGGGAGCUAAAAGAAGAAAAGUUAGCUCAUGUUUAUCAUUGGCAUGAAUGUCAGAGCAGUAACAAGCUCAGAGGGAUUUCUUUGAAAUAUUGUUUUUGUGGGACUGUGGUUGCACAUUCAAUUUUAAUUUAAAUAAAAACAUAAAUUUGUUGCAUCAGUUUGACAGUGUUUAAAUAGAUAUACACCCACUUACAUGAUUGAUUCAGUGGUGCUAAAAGUUCAAAGUUUUUCUUUGAACUCACCAAGGCCUCAGAUGUUAACAAAGAACAGCAACUCUAAACAGCUGCUUACAAAGGAGAAUAUCAGUGUUUUGGAAAUGCCUCCCUUAGCCCUGAAAUAUGUGAGCCAAUAAAGUUUGAUAUGUGGCAAGACAUGUGCCAUUCAAGUAAACUCCAAUUUUACCAAGAAGGGUGGUGAAAAAUGAUUCUGCCAGAAGCUUCCAGAUGAGAUGCAGCUUUGUUUAGGAACAUUCAAACAAAUAAGGAGUGUUCUCUAAUUAUGUUACACAAAGCAAGGUGAUGCAAAGAAGAUCCUAAAGUGUUGGAUUUUUCAGUAAUGUGGGAACGUGAGCUGGGAUGAGAGCAUCUGCUGUUGUAACGCUGUCUUUAUGUGCAGUCACUUUUAACUUGUAUAUGGGUGAUAUUUGUCUGCCCAAGCUGUUUACAUGUUAUUAAGAGGCAAUAAAAUCCCCAAAUUUGA